CUUCCUUAUAAUACGAACGGCGUGUUUCUGCGAUGGAGGGAAAAGCUGUAAAGGCGAUAUUGUUUGACUUGGACAACACGCUCAUUGAAACAAGCCGGGCAGGCGGUGUGGCGAUACAAAAGUGCAGUGAACUUUUGAAGACCACACUGGCCCUCGAUGACAACACCGUCAGCAGCAUUUGUGACAAGUUCAAGCAGAAGCUUCUUCAUGAGAGCUUUGACCCCUCAGCAGGCAGGUCCAUUGAUGAGGUCCGUGUGGGUCACUGGGAGGAGAGCAUCCAGGAGGCUGUUGGAAAUUGUUCCACACCCUCGCUGGGAGCUCAGUGCUACUACCUGUGGAAAAACAGUCGCCUGGACGCUCUCCGUUUGUCCCCUGAAAUAUGCAACCUCCUGAGACAACUGCGCAGCAGAUACAAGCUGGUGCUUCUGACCAACGGGGAAGCUCAGGUUCAGAGGGAGAAAAUUAAAGCAGUCGGAUGUGAGGAGUUCUUCGAUGCCGUCGUGGUUGCAGGAGAACAUGCAGAGCAGAAACCAUUCGUCUCCAUCUUCACAUUGUGUUUCAGCAUGCUGGAGUUGGAGGCCCAGGACUGUAUAGUAGUGGGAGACUCUCUGGACACAGACAUUCAGGGGGGCUUUAAUGCCAGACUGCGAGCUACAGUUUGGGUCAGCAGUGCAGGAGGUGCUGUGCCAGAAGGUUCAGUGAAACCAGACUUCACUAUCUUGACUGUGCUGGACCUGCCAGAUAUUUUGCAGCAACUGAAAUAAGGACAGCUGAUGACUGUAACUGUGUGUAAAACAAAUGGAUGAGAAGGACUGUCAUUUCAAGGGGGACUUUGUGGGAAUUUGUAGUUAUGUAUAAAUGAAUAGAUGGAGGUCAUGAUUAAUUAUCUAACUUUUAACAGAGGACACAUUAUUUUCUUGUUUUAUACUUGCAGCUAAGAAACUUGUGCAUCAACAGUGUUAUUUUAAGGACUUCUUGGCAUCUAAUCAGCACAGGUAAUAUGUGGACACUGCAGGGCUGCAACUCUAACUACACCUCCCUGUAAAUUUUCAAAUGACUUUUACCUGACAGCUGUUACAUUCUCAAAUUGACCAUCAUAAAGUUAUACUGGAAAGAUGUUCAACCUAACAGUGCCAAAUAAUUUUGACCCUUUUUUAGACUAAACUAUGUAUAAAAGGGUCUGAAUUUUGAUAACAGUAUAGUAUCUGGCAUUAAAAUGCUCAACUGAAACAGGCUUACCCAGCAGAUUAUCAUUUAUCAUCUAUAAAGGUAUUCAUAGACUUGAAUCAGAUAAACUGAUCUCAUUUUGUAGGUGUAUUACUCAUUCUAGUUUGCCCAGUUUUCCAAAGUUUAAAAAUUAAACCA